AUGUCACAAGCAAUAGCAAACGCUUAUGGUUAUAAUCCAUCACCUCAUCGAGUAAGCAUGACAAAUAGAAACUCGAUACUAGAUUCUGCUAAAAGAAUGGCAGAGAUAGAUGUCUCUAGUUUUAUAUUUUGCGAUUUGAAAGCUCUGUAUGAUUUAGAUUUAUCAUCGUAUAUUGAUUUAACAUAUACUGAAUUGGAUGUGGUAGGAUAUGAAUUGUAUUUAGUCGAACAAUGGAUAGCUGAACGUCGACUCACUUCUACAAUUACUUCAUUUACAGGUAAUACUCAAGAUGUUAUUAGGGCUGUUCAGGUAUUAUUACCAACUGAUCCAGCAUUAUGGCCAGGACAAUUUAAACAAUAUCAUCAAGAAUUAUUAUUAUUUUCACAACCUAAAAAAUUGAUAGAUGGUAGUAGUAUGUUUAUUACUAAUUUAACAACAAUACCAUCAAGUUUAAAUAUUUUACAUAUCGAAACAGGUGAUAUACGAUCAGUUUGGCCAAAUUUUAAAAUUAAUUUUAAUUUAAAAAUGUUGCAUUGUGCAGGUAGAUCAUCUUUAUUAUUAUCAUACCCUGCAAAAUCUGCCGUUGAGAAAUUUUUACAAUUAUAUAAAUUUCAAACAAAAGCUAAAGAAAAUUCAAAUAGUAAUAACAACACUUCUAAUGAAAAUUCUAAUAAUACAAAGGCUAUUAAUCCACAAGUCUUAUUAAGUCAACCUGAUAAUUAUCAAUUUAAUACUGCUCCCACUAGAGGUGUUUCAAUUCAAAAUAAUGAAGCUGUUGCAAUUAUUCAAGAAAGUUAUGAAGUAAUAUACAUGGUAAAUUUAAUUCACAUCUCUUUAUAUUAUUUUAACCUUUAUUCAGGAAAUACCGAUGGUUUGAUUUGUAAAGGUACAACAUUAUCUAUUGAAAAAUGGUGGCUACAUUAUGGGAAACCUUAUUUAGGUAUUGAAAGACCAAGAAAUGAACCAUCUGUUGGUCCAACAACCGUGGCAGGAAUUUUAAGCCUUGUAUUAAGUUGUUAUUUUAAAUUAAUAUUGGAAGAUUGUAUGAAUACAAAGGAUCCCUUUGAUAAAAUCGAGUUUAACAAUGCAGUUCGUUUAUUUCAAAAAAAAUACAAUUUAAUUGGUGAAUCUAUCAUUAGUGGGAAAUUAGAUAUUGUCACUGUAGAAAAAUUAUUUGAAGUAACACAAAAAUAUUCAAUUCAUGAUAUUAUUAAAUUUAAAAAAAUGGUAAAAUCAAGAGUACAAGAUUUAACUGGGAAAGGUAAUCCUAUCACUUUAUCUCAUGAGAUUUUAACUACAGAAUUGAAUUCAUUAGUUAGUAAUAUUCAUGGCGGCACAUUGGGAUUAUUAUGGAAAGGUAAAGGUAAAUCAAAGACAGUAAUGUUAUUUGAUAAUUAUAUGUACAAUUUCUCUAAUUUUAAAUUUGAAAAGGGGAAUCCAAAGAAACAAUUACAAAUUCAAAAUGAUUUAAAGAAAAAACAAAUGAAAGAAGAUAUUCAAAGAAAAUUAAUGAAGAAAAAAUCAAGAACUGCCAAAAAAUUUAAUAUUAAUGAUUUUGUUGAGAGUAGACAACUACCAGUGGAUAUGGAUGAAAUUGAUGAUAUGGAAAGUACAACCUCUUCAUCAGAAUCAAAUCAUACAGUAUCUUCCAUGUUCUGCAAUUAUGAUAAAUCAAAAUAUGCCAACAAUCUUGAUUUAAACAAAUUACAUUUUGAUGAAUACAAGAGAAGAAAUUCAUUCCCAAGAAUGAAUGAUUUAAUGCAUGAAAAUCUUUUCCAAGAUUUAAAUGGAGUCAUCAACAAAGAUCGUAAAUUAUAUCGAUCAACAUCCUACUCUGAUGUUUGCGAGGCUGUAGAAAGAUGGACUUUACCAUUUGAUGCGUCUGUUGUAAAAGUAGCUAGAAAUUUAAGACUCAUAGAGACACGUUUAGCUACAAAACAAAGAAUCGAUGAAAUGCAAGAGAGUAAAUUUGCUCCUCAUUCAGAUGAUUUUGAUGAUCAUGAAGCAGAAGAAAAAUUUAAAGAUUUAAAGAAACAGUUACAAAUAAAUCAUGAUAAAUAUGCCAGUCAUUCUAUCAAAUUUGAAAGAAAUGCCAGUAUGUUAGAAAAUAAGCAAAAAUUAUUAUUCACAGAGAUUAAUGAAAUCAAUUCUUUAACUUCAAAGUUAAAAUAUGAUGUAAGAUUACUAGAGUUUAGAAUGAGGGAUGUCGAAGAUAGUAUUAAACAAUUCGACUCCAGGCUAGCUAAUGUCAAGAGAUCCCUUGUGGAACAGAAUAAUGAUGUGGCAAAUGCCCUAAAAUGUGUAUCAGAUGAAACUGAGUUUGAUUGUUGUUUAGAGAACAUGGCACAUAAUAAGAACACAUGUUACAAAGGUAUUUGCCUUAAAGUAAUCGACGCAAAUUUAUUUGCAGAAUUGAAAAAGGAUAUCAUAGGAUGGAUUAAUUAUCUUUUUUCAAAUUUCACUACACACAAUAACGACUAUAAAAAUAUCCAAGCAAAGGAUACAGCAACCGACUUUCCAAUUUAG